AUAUAUAUAAGGGGUCCUCACACCGAACGAGACAUCAGUACGGAUCACUCGACCUAUCACUUCUCUUUCCUACCUGAGAUUCGAGACAAGAGUCAUGGCCUUUCAGUUGAUCAGUGUUUUGUGCGCCGCCCUGGCAGUAGCAAAUGCAGGAUUGGCAAUUACGUCAACUUCUGAUAAUACUUAUCGCAGUCCUGGAAAUUACGCACAAGUGUCCACACAAUCGAAAAAUAUCGAAACACCUUACUCCAGCAGCAGCAAAAGUGAAGUCCGCGUGAGCAAUCCUGCAGUCUACGCAACUGCAUCUCCGAUCUACGCAAGUCCCGCUCCCGUUCUUCAUGGUGCACAUGCGAUUAGUCAGUACGCCGCACCUGCUGUGCCACACUACGCCCCACCUGCAGUAUCCCACUAUGCGGCACCUGCAGUUGCACACUAUUCCGCCCCUGCACCUGCAGUGUCACACUAUUCUGCCCCCGCACCUGCAGUUGCGCAAUAUGCUGCACCUUCACAUGUACAGUACGCCGCACCAGCAACUGUACAGUACGCCGCACCAGCUGGUGUUCAGUACGCCGCACCUUCCGCCAGUUAUGCAUCACCUGGCAUAACCUAUGCCGCACCUGCAGCCCACUCUGCUCAAGCUCAAGUUUACACGUCUGCCCCUGGCCCUGUGCUCUCUAAGACCGCAUACGCACAUGCGGCUCCUGUUGCCUACUCUGCACCUGCAUACGCUGCACCCAGCGCACAUGCAGGCUAUGCUCAUGCCGCACCUGUUGCUGCUCAUCAGCCCGUGUACAAGAUCACCUUCUCUCCUGCCAACGAGGUGGCGCAUUUAACCUACUCCAACAUUAAUGAUCACAUUAAUUAUGCUUGGUAAUUAGUGAAAGGCCUUGAAGACUACAGUCCUCUAACUUUCAUGAAGGAGAUUAUGUGAUAGUUUUAGUGUAUAUAGAUCUUUCUACUAAAUAGAUUAAGCUCGAUAAUAAAUUGUUUAAUGUAUA